AUGGAAACAAUAGGGACCACUGGCAUGGCAAAACGCUUGAAACCUUCUGUUGAGGAGAAGGAAACAGCAGUGGAAGAUGGAACUCCUGUAAAGGUUUCAGGAGAAGAAAGUGAGCCAGGCACUUUGCAUUCCGAACAGAUGGAGAUGGAGAUUGCUCAAAUUCUGGAGAAGAUUGAUCGCUUUACUCAGCUGGUGUCCGAGUUGCUGGAAUCAGGGAAGGCAAUGCUGAAGGAAUUGAGCAAUGAAUUUGAAGAGCGGGUGAUUUUAAUACACAAGGAGCAGAUGGAAAAAUUGCAGGAGGAAAUCCAAGAAGUGCGCUUGCUUGAUGCUGCAAAUGAAGAGAUUGAUACUCUUCUGCAGAAUGCUAAAUACCUAUUUCAGAAUAUUCAUGGUGGAAGCUGA